CUUUUGACUUGGUCGGAAUAGGGUAUGAAGUCCCACGUAAUUCGAGACGGCUCAGUCCGCAGGAACGGAAAGCCCACGUCCUGUGAGCCAUGUCGCAUCUCCAAGAUCCGCUGCGAUCAUGCUCGGCCUACAUGUGGUCGGUGUGCCCAAAGGAAGCUCACCUCAAAGUGUUUUUACCAUCCGGCCCCCUUGACGCGACCACGUGGUAGCAAAGCCCGUUCAGGGCCAAGACAGCCCGAAUCCACUCCGUCUAGGCCCAGGACAGAAAGAAGCCAUGACGCACAGGUUCAAAAUAGUCCUGCAGUCCUAUCUCAACUACACACGCCGGGUGGGUCUUCCGGGAUAGUUGAGAGUGAGCCCUCCACCGCAGGACGAGGAAACUACCUGGGCCCGUCCAGUUUCCUAUCCGUGUUUCAGGACGUUAGUCCCAACCUCGAGGUCUCGACAUAUAAUCGAUCCUCCGGCUCGUGGGGUCGUUGGACCAGUGCCUCGACCACUUUCGCGCGUCGACUGGUACAACUUCUUCGUCCGUUGGCGACGUACGAAGAGAUGAUCACCCGAAACUUCGAAGAAUGCCUAUUUAACACCAUCCCGGAACCUCUGGCACUGCAGCCACUGAGGCUGCUUCGGACCCAGAUCGAGAGCGGAAAGUGGUUUGACGAUGAAGAAGCUUUAGCUUCUAUGAUUACCCGCAACACGGCCGAGAAAUCGAUUGUUAUCACGCCUAACAUGACGCCAGACGAGUUCUACGCCACCUUCACUGGGGAGAACCUGAGAUGGGAGUUUGUCGGGAUUAUCUUCACUUUGGCAGGGCUGGCGACUACAACCGUAUGGUAUCAGUCCGACUCUUUUUUAAGCGAGACGGAUAAGGAUGCUUUUACGGAGGAGAUGGCUGCUGCAAGUAACGCGUGCAUUGAGAUCUGCAACCAGCAUGACAAUGUGAACGAUUUGUUGGUCUGGUUGUACCAUACACACUUCACGCUGGUGGCCGAUGCCAUGGAAGAGCUUAGUGACUACGUGUUUCGAGUCUUCGGGGAUUUGAUAUCGCACAUGUAUUCCCUUGGCCUGCAUCGACUCCAAGCAUCUAACGCAGAAAUACCCUUUUUUCUUUCGGAGACACGGAAGCGAGUAUUUACCUCGUGCUAUCGCACCGACAAGAACAUCGCGAUGUUUCUCGGGAGACCGCCCCGACUGCCGGAUCAUUAUUGCGAUACAGAUCUGCCGCUAGAUCUCGAGGAUGAAAGUCUAGUCCUAGACUCGGAGUCUCUCAAACAGGUCUUGCGCGGGAUUUCUGCAGACGGCUGGAGUGAUUCACCGUUUUCUCCGAAUGGGAACAUCCGACCGGCAACAGCCGUACGAGUGAGAUAUAGGAUAGCGAAAUUACGAGAACGAGUGGUGGCUUUGUUUCUUGGUAAGAAGACAAAGGCCUUUGACGACGAGUUGCAGGCGGUCCAUCUCGACCUGAAACAAAUGUGGGAGAGCAUCCCAGCCCCAUUUCACUAUCACGCUGCCGGGUUCGGAGACAAGAACCCGGCCAACGCGUCCGUUCGGGUCAUUACUUGUAUGGAGUAUCUGCAGGCGGUUUCGCAAAUAGAGCGAAUUCGAUGUCGCCAAACUCCAGAUGCCAUGCAUAGCUUACUGGACUCAUCGAUGCGAAUCGUUACCGCGUUGAUUGAUUUUAUUAAAGCGCGGAAGCAGGGUGGAAAUAUCCAAAAGGGGUACAUGGGAGUGUUCCUUCUUUACGGUCUCCCAGCCGCGGGCGUGCUCGCGAUUGAGCUUCAUCGAUGCACCGUGCAGGGGAUGCCGCUUCCCUCCCCUAUUCCACGCUCUACUAUAAUUCGUAACCUGAGCCUGUUGGUUUCAUGGUUCGAAGACGCCAAUAAUAUCAUGAGCAUCACGCAGAAAAACUGCGUGCAGGUGAGUGAGGUUAUAACGAGACUUCUUGACGAGACUUUGAACCAUCAAGUCGGAGAAGGUGUACGAACGACGGAACAAGUCCAGCAUCGAUCGGGGACCGGAGGAUGCGAAGGGCCAGUGAAUGAUAGUAUUACAGCUAUUUGCCCAACAGCCGACCAUCUCCUGUUACCGGAUGACAAUGCCCUCAAUGUGAAUUCAUUUGGAACGAGCGUUGAGUUUCUCGAUUGGUGGGAUGAAUUCUGGGUCGAUGGGUCCAUUCCAGAUGUUGUCCUAUAAAUCACUAAAGCCUCAGGGCGGGAUAAUGAACUUAUGAAGGGUUGAAGAUGAUCCAAAUGCAUGAAAAGAUCAUGUUUUCUAUAGAUACAGCUCUAAGGCUAACAGACAUGUGAGUCAAGUCAAUAUCCAUACAUGAAGUAUUAAAUACAAUUAGAGCUGGGCCAAACAUGUAGUGGGGGAUAGACAUCUGGCCCAGUGAUGAAGUU